AUGGCGGUGGUGGACGAGGCGCGCGCGGAGGCGAUGAACGAGCAACGGUGGAGAACGGUGGAGGAGGAGACGGUUCUAUCGUGUACCACGUUCAACGUGCUUGCGCCGAUCUACAAGAGAAUGGGUGUCGAGAGUGAGAGGGAGAGCGCGUGUCAGCAUGUAUGGCGGGAGCGCAAUCAGGAGAUAUUGAGAACGUUGCUCGAUACCAAGUCUUCCAUCCUGUGCUUGCAGGAGUGUUGGCUGGCCAAUCCGGAGUGGGUAGACAUGUACGACACAGCGUUACAGGGUGCGGGUUACCAGCUUCUCAAGCUGCCUCGCACAAACGCCAGGGGAGAUGGCCUCAUGAUGGCAGUGAGAGCAUCUGAGUGGGAGGUGGUAGACCACCAUCCGCUGUGCUUCAACGACUGUGGCGACCGGGUGGCACAGAUUGUAUACAAGCUCCUGGAGCGCAUUGAUGGGUACAGAGAGGAGCACCACGCCGGGGCACUGCCCGUCGUACUCUGCGGGGACCUGAACGGCACGAAGCAAGGCAACGUGUACAAGCUUCUCAGGGCGCACGGCUUUGUCUCCUCCUUUGACUCGGCACACCACCACAGCGAUGACGACGAGCAGUGGGUGAGUCACCGCAACCACCACGGCAAUCUGUGCGGGGUGGACUAUGUGUGGGUGCUCAACCCAGAGCAGCACCAACGAACGCUUGCAGUCAACUGGCGGACGGCGGUUUUCGGCCUUAUUAGGUCCAAGCUCGCUUCGACCGGCAUCACCAAUGCUGAAGCAGCCUUUGACUUUUUCCUGCGGGCGGGUGAAGGGGGCGCGGCAGAGGGGCGGGCUGCAGGGGAACAGGCGGCUGCUGCUUUCAGUAUGGCCGAUUUUCAGAGGAGUCUGGACCGACUGGGGUUGACUGGCGUUGACUCCAUUGGACUGACGCGCAUAGAGGUGGAGGAGCUGAUGCGGUCCGCUGACUGCCAGGGGAAGGGCUGCGUUGACUUUGAAGACUUCAAGGCUCUCUUUGACCAGCCCACGUGGGAUGACACCGUGGCUGCUCUCAGACACUCUCUUGCCACGUCAUGUUCUGUCAACUCACUUCCACCACCUGCUGACUCAACUGCAGCGGGUGCUGCUGACGUUCACAGAACCGCCUCUGACAUCAGCAGUGCCUCGAGUGACAUCAACAUUGCAUCAGCUGACAUCAGCAGUUCCUCGAGUGACAUCAGCAGCAGCCUCGCCUCUGGUUCUCUCCAGUUCCACCCUUCCCCACAACCAUCACAGCCCCUGUCCCCAUCCUCCCAUUUCUCCCCUUUCCCAUCAUCACCACCCUUGUGUGCAUCUCCCCCCUCACUCCUCUUCCGUUCCCCCCUCCUUCACUCGCUCCCUCGCACUCGCACUCACUCCCUCCCUGUCAUGACUUGCUCCUCCCCAUCCUCCUCUCUCACCUCCUCCUCUUCACCACCCACGCACUCCCGCUGCUUAUUCCCAUUGGCGGAACCUUCCAUGCAGCUUCCUCAUCUGCACCUCUUUAGCCAUCUCCCGCUCUUUAGCAAGGCAGUUGCUCUUCAGAUUCACUCAAUGGGGGAAGGUGGGAAAACAGAGGGAAGAGUGGGAGGGACGACCGAGGGGAGGGUGAAGGAGCAGCUGGGUAGUGGAACGAUGCGAGGGAGCAGUGGAAGGGAGGGAGGGAGCAUGCAGCUGCAAGGUGCAUUGAAUCUGGACGUGCUGCAAGCAACCCUGUUCCCAAGGGCCAUGGAGGAGGGCGUGUGGCCGGAAGACUACACCAUUUCUGACCAUGCUGUGCUCACUCGCCAUCGACGGGUCGUCGCGACAGAUGACGCGGAUGGCGGCGCGAAGGCGACUCCAUCGAACAGCCUCGGCGUCAAGUACGGCAGCGGCUAUAACUCCGCCGCGCCUUACGUCGCCGCUGGCGUGACGGCGAUUACCAUUCCGCCCGACGUCGGCGCUCCGCAACUGGCGCUGAAAUCUCCGCACGCUGGCGCAAAGUUUUGGCGCAAGGUGCUGCGGUCGCCGGGGUUUAAAGACAUGGCGCGGAAGAGAGCCGCGCAGCAGCGGAGCAUGUCGUUUCAGCAGUUCGACCUGCUACAGUUAACUCGCGCUACAAGGAACUUCAGUAAGCAGAACUUUAUCGGAAAAGGAAGCACGUCCGAGGUUUACCGAGGCGCGGGGCCCAACGGAGCGCAGUGGGCGGUUAAGAGAUCCGUUUGGCGGCAAGGGGGCGGGGAUGGCCCCAUGCUGACGUUUCGCCCGGCAAACCUGGCGGCUUAUGCGGAGCUAGAAGCGGAUUUCAUCUUCAGCGCGAAGUCUAUGGCGGUACUAUGCCAUCAGAAUGUGAUUCAACUGCUGGGUUACUGUUUCGAGUGCGGCGAGAGGGUGCUUAUAUACGAGUUCGUGGGCGGUCCGAGUUUGGAGUCGAUGAUUUUCGGGAACACCGACGUGUGGAAAGAGAAAAUUACGAUGUGGAGAAGGGGUUCGCGAAACGCUCGCGCGCUCAUGGACCUCGGGGUUGUCGCGGAGGGCGAGGAGGAAGGAAUACCGUUCGAUUUCCUGCACAGGCUGCUGAUCGCCGUUGAUAUUGCCGAGGCGGUCGCGUACCUGCACACGGAGUUCCCUAGGCCGUAUUUACUAGAGGGGUUGCAUCCGAAAAACAUUUUUUUCGACACGAACGGCGUUCCCAAGGUGGGCAACAUCGGGCGGAUGAAAGUUUUGAUGUCCCGAGACAUCACUGGCGGCGCGAGCAUGCUGGGCGGGUUACCACACGCGCCGACGCUCGCAACCAGUGGUUACAUCGACCCCAGUUUCAACAUAACUAGGAAAUCGUCGCCGCCCAAUGACGUGUACGCGUUUGGCGUUAUCCUCCUGCAGAUCUUCACCGGCCGCCCAGCCGUGAUUGAGAACGAGCCUGGCGAAGCUACCGCGAAGCUGGACCUAGGCACGUGGGUCUCGAAGCGCCUUAGGUCGGGAGGAGACACCGGCAUAGGGAGUAUAGUGGAUCCGCGGCUCGGCACCGCCUACCCUGCUGACGUCAUUCGGAGAGUGUUACAGGUUGGGCUGGACUGUCAGCUUUUCCCCGCUAAGAAACGCCCCGCUAUGAAAAGGGUUGCUGAGCGGCUAUUGGCUAUUCAUGAGGAGUUGGUUAAGGAGGGUGGGGUGGUGGUGGUGGACAUUCCCGAACCUGAGCCCGAGGCCGGGGAAUUCGUGGUUGGGGAGGAGGAAGGGGGGAAGGUGAGUGUAGGAGAGAAGUUGGGGGAGAGGGUGGCGGAGGUUCGUGGGGAGGAGAUAGGGGAGGGGGUGGCAGAGGUUCGUGGGGAAGAGAUGGGGGAGGGGGUGGUGGAGGUUCGUGGGGAGGAGAUGGGGGAGGGGGUGGCGGAGGCUUCUAGAAAGGAGACGGGAGAGGGGGCGACGGAGGUUAGUGGGGAGGCGAUGGGGGAAGUUACUGGGAAGGUGGAGAGAGAAGGGGGAGGUGAGAAAGAGAGUGAGGAGGGGAUAAGGAAGGAAGACGCAGGGGAGAGGGGCAAUGUGGGAGAUUCGGGUGUGGGGGGGGAUAGCAGCGAAGAAGCGAAAGGGAGUGAGGAGGCAGAGGAUCGGAAGAGAGGCAAGAAGGGGAAGAAGGAGAAGAAGGAGAAGAAGGAUAAGAAGGAGAAGAAACGGAAGGAGGAGGAUCAAGCAGAGAGGGAGCAAGUGGAGGUUGGGGUGGAUAGCAACGUGUAG